AUGAAACAGCAAAAGGAUGGAAUUUUUUAUUAAAGUUCUUAAUUUAAGGCAGAAUUUUGUGAGCCAUUAUCCAUUUUGGAUUAUUGGUCUUAAGAGAAUCAAGAAAUCUAAUCAUAAAAUUUAAAAACAGAGUAAUUAGAGAAAAUAGAGAAACCAAAAGAGAGAUUGAAUAGAAGUUAUUUUUCUUUAAAUAAAAUAGUCUACAGUUAAUCAUCCUUAGAAAAAAGAUCCCUAUGGAUCUGAAUGGGCUUAGUAAAUUUUAGCUAAAUAAUUUGGAGUUCAAAUAACUGAAGGAAGUUCGAAUUUAAGUCCAAAAUGGACAUUAAAAAAAGUAUAACCGCUUGAAUUUUCAUAAUAUAAUGGUCAAAUAGAUCCUAAAAUUGCAAAGGUAUUAAAAAGUGUUAAGUUAGGAUUUCAAAUCAUAAGAGAAAUUAUUUCGAUUGACAGCAACUGAAAAUCAUAGAAGAAGACUUGACAUUGUAAUAAAAAAGUAUAAAUAAUCAUUUAAUGGUUAAAUUCCUACUCAACAAUAAUAAACAUUGCUACAUUAUAAAUUGCCUUCAAUACCAUGA